AUGGCGCAGAUAUUCAUACUGCCACAGCUUAAGUCCGUCACGAAGGAAGAAGUUCUCGAUAUCGUAAAGAGUCUGAAGAAACGCAAAGCAACUGGGUCAGACAAGGUCAGCAAUGAACUACUCAAGGCUUGCAGCGAAGAGCUUGCGCCGAUUUUGGCAGAUUUCUUCACUGAUAUGUUCAAGCAGUCUGUUCAUCUGAACGAGUUCAAGCAUGCAAUCACGACACUCCUACUCAAACCAUUCAAGCCCAAGGGUCGUACCAAGAGCUAUCGACCUGUUGUUUUAUCAUCAAAUAUCGGAAAGGUCUUCGAGAAGUUGAUUGCAAAUCGCUUCAGGUAUCUUGCUGAGACUCAUAAGUUGCUACUAACUCUACGAUUUGGUUCUCCCGGGCGCGACACUACGAAAGCCUUGCAAGCUAUCCUGAGCCCAUUUUACACCGGUUGGUGUACGAAGCAUCAGACGACCUUACUGAGCCUCGACAUUACGGGUGCUUUUGACUGCGUUGACCGAGCGAAGCUUCUUCAGGUUUUGGUGGACAAAGGCAUUCCCGAUUGGCUCAUCCGCUUGACUGCGUCUUUCUUGUCAGACAGGAGCACCACACUCAAUAUGCUUGGAAUCAUGUUCGAUCCAUUCUGGGUUGACAUUGGUAUACCGCAAGAAAGCCCCCUCUCGCCCAUUCUCUUCUUGUUCUCCGCUAGCAGCAGACUUACACUCUUCGAAAGAAGGACUUUGUAG